UCACUGACCUGCCGUCGCGGAUGUCGCUCCCCCCACUUCGCGUUAUCACAUAAAGGUUGCUUGCUUCAACGCCACCUCCCUUCCUGCCCAUCUUGAGUCAAUCCAGGCCUUUUUCGCGUCUAAUUUUUUUCACGUUAUCUCUAUUUCCGAGACCUGGCUUCACUCACACAUUUCAGAUGAUUUAGUCCGUAUCCCUGGAUACUACCUGUUACGGGUUGACAGGGAGGGCAGAGAGGGGGGUGGUGUGGCCUGCUAUAUUCAUGAAUCGUUGCGUGCGCGAGUCCUGGCGUCAUCGCCUUCUGCCUUCUCGAAUGAGCCUGAAUUCCUUAUCCUCGACAUUCGGUGUGGUGCAGGAGCGCCCCUCUUAUUCACCUCCAUGUAUCGCAGGCCGAGAGGUUGUAACUUCUGCGAUCUGAACUGCAAUCUCCUUACCUCCUCGUAUGAAUCUAAUCACCUCAAGAGUUUGGCUUCUCAACUGUCGCUUAGCAUUGUGCAGUCGCAGUCGACUUUUCAUACCCAAUCCUCCGACUCACUGCUGGAUGUUUUCAUAGUCGACAACCUGGAUAAGGUCUCUUCGUUUCGUAAGUCUGACGCUCCUUUCAUUAAUGGUCACGAUCGUAUCGAAUUAACCUAUUCAUUCGAAGUUUCGCCUCUCAAGAGCCGUACCUUAGUUAGACGUAGCUUUAAGAAUUUUGAUGAGCAACGAUUUAUUGAAAUUGUCUCUUCCAAACUGUCUUCAUCUUUUCCUACUGAUUUUAGUUGCGAGUGUCUUGGUGAGCCUGACAUUGACGGCAUUCUGACCACCAUUACCAACGAUAUCACCUCCAGCCUUGACCUACACGCUCCUACCCACACGUUUCGUGUUACUCGUCCGUCGGCACCGUGGCUCACCGAUGCUCUCGCUUGCCGGAUAAAGCAUCGCAACCGGCUCUAUAAUGUUGCGCGUAGAUCUCACAAUAUUCUUGACUUCCACAUCUAUAGGUUAUUCCGGAAUGAACUCACACUCGACUUAAGAAGAGCAC